AUGUUCCUCCAGUACAAGAGCUCUGAACCACAUCGCACACCCCCCAAGAGUGUGGCAAAGAAGCAUUCUCGCCCCUACCUCACCGUGCAUGCCUUCACAUCUCCUCCACAUCCCCUCCCCUCCACAUCCCCUCCCCUCCACAUCCCCUCCCCUCCACAUCCCCUCCCCUCCACAGCCCCUACCCUCUAUAUCCCCUCCCCUCCACGUCCCCUCCCCUCCACAUCCCCUCCCCUCUACAUCCCCUCCCCUCCACGUCCCUCCCAUCCACGUCCCCUCCCCUCCACAUCCGCUCCCCUCCACAUCCGCUCCCCUCCACAUCCUCUCCCCUCUGCCUGCCCUGACUGCAUGCAGAGACCUCUGCAUCAAUCAGCUCACCUCCAUGCCUUCUACCAUCAGUGCCUUCUGCGAGCAUCUCAUGGAAGAGAGCCGAGCAUGCAAGCGGGAUGGCUUGCACCUGGUUAUGGGAUGGUGCAGGCGGCACGGAAACGGAGGUGGAAGCUCAUGCGGCAUGCAGUGCACAUUUCCAUGGCUCACAACCAGCUUCAAGGUCCCCUUCCUUCUGCCCUCGUUUCCGACAAUCUCUGGACUCUGUAA